CUGGGAACGCGAGAAAGAGAGCGACGCCGCGACUAGACCAACCCCAUGCCAGCCUGGCCUAGGAAAAGGAUGAGUCCAGCACCAGAAAGCUGAGCGAGGUCAUCGAGAGAGGCCACCUUACACUGGGCAGCCCACCUGGCGUUUCCGUCCCCGGGAAGUGGGUACCAAGGCUGGAAGGAAGGCACCCCAACAUUGACCGGGAUCUCGCAGCUGCCUAGGGGUUGGUCCAGCCCCCUCCAGGCUGGGCCUGAGUCACUCCCCAGGCAGGAGAGCUGGGAAAAACUAUGCAGAGCCCACAGUCACAAGGGACAUACUCAGGCUACAGAAUCCUCCUGCCAACAUCCCAACCAGACAGGCUUCUCUCAGUCUAGACUCUCACCUCAUCUGCAUGUGAGGGAAGCAAGCAGCUGAACCGAGAGGAUCACAGAGAAUCACAUCACUUUCAAGUCUCCAUGGCAGAAAAGGAGACCAUCCUCAAGAUCAGCAGGAACCUGAAAAAUGCCGUCUCUGCCAUCCUCCAGGGAUAUGGAGAUGGGCAGGGGCCAGUGACAGACACCAGCGCUGAGCUACACAGACUCUGUGGCUGCCUGGAGCUGCUAUUGCAGUUUGACCAGAAAGAGCAGAGGAGCUUCCUGGGGGCUCGGAAGGAUUACUGGGACUUCCUGUUCGCUGCCCUUCGACGGCAGCGGGGAUACACAGAGCAAAUGAGCUUCAUAUGCUCACAGGACAAGCUGAAGACCUCGCUAGGAAAAGGCCGGGCCUUUAUCCGACUCUGCCUUGCCCAUGGCCAGCUGGCCGAGUCGAUGCAGCUGUGCCUCCUGAACCCGCAACUCACCAGGGAAUGGUACGGCCCUCGGAGCCCUCUGUUGUGCCCUGAGCUCCAGGAAGACAUCUUGGACUCACUCUAUGCCCUCAAUGGAAUUGCCUUCAACCUGGACCUACAGCGGCCAGACCUGGAUGAAGCCUGGCCCAUGUUCUCAGAAUCCCACUGUUCCAGUUCCAGUCGAACCUGGGAAAGAAGACCCAGAAAACUCAAAGGUUUUCCAGAGGAGGUGAGAUGCUCCAGGAGAGAACAGCUGCAGGAACCAGACACUGGGGGAACCAGCUGUCUGCAAGAUGCAACCAGAGAAGAUGGCCCACCUGACCUACCUACCCCCUUGCAACGUAGCCAUCUUCCCACCUUUCUGGAAGAGAAGAGGGAGGAUUCCAGAAGCCUCAGUUGUCCCCAGAGCAUUUGGGAAACAGAAAAGAAAGGAUUUCAGCUAGACCAGAAGGAGGGAGGCCCAAAGACCAGGAAAUUCCUGGAAAACUCAAUGGCCAGCAUCCAGCAACAGAGGGGCGGCGCUAAGAAUGUUCAAAUGCAGCUGACAGGAAGGACAGAUGAAGGACAGGGAAGUCUUCCAGGGACAGAAGUUUGGAGAACAACAGAAAGGAUCCAGAAAAGGGCAGCAGAUUGGGCCCAUGACCAGGGGCUGCUGGCCCCCACCCUUCAGGGAAGGGAAAAAGAUGCAGAAUUAGGGAACAGGCAUGAGUGGGGUCAGCCUGGUGUUCUCGGGCAAGCCUGGGUCCUGGGAACAAAGAAAGGUUCCACCACAGAGAAGCCACAAGAGUGGACAAGAGUGAUCAAUGUGACCAUGCAGGAGGAUAGAGCAGAAGUACCCUUGCAGCAGGAGGUGAACAAGGACCCCGGGUAUGGGCUCCAGCUGGCAGAGGAACAGGCCCAGUGCCAGGAGCAGCUGCGAGUGCAGGAAGAACUGCAGUCACUCCAGGAGCAGCUCAGCAGGUGUCAGGAAGAAAGAGCCCUGUUACAAGCGAUGCUGGAGCAGAAGCAGCAGGAGGCUGAGAGGAGGGACGCCAUGUAUCAGAAGGAGCUCGAAGGGCAGAGGGACCUGGUCCAGGCCAUGAAAAGGAGGGUGUUGGAAUUGAUUCACGAGAAGGACCACCAAUGGCAGAGACUCCAGCAGCUGUCCGCUGUGGCCCCUGGACACUGCGUGGGCUGUAACAAAGCCUUCAGGCGUCUGUCUCGGAGGUAUCCUUGCAGGCUCUGUGGAGGCCUGGUUUGCCAUGCCUGCUCUGUAGACUACAAGAAGAGAGAGCGUUGCUGCCCAGCCUGUGCCCAGCAGGAAGAAAUCCAGGUCACCUGACCAAGAUAGCACAAGGAACCUAAGAGCAGCCACCCCACCAGUUCACUUUCUCCAUUCCUCUUCCAAACCCUGAUGUCUGUCUACUCUUUUGUUCUGGGAGCUGGUAAGCUGGGACCCUAGCACUGCUGUGGAGGGCCAGAGGGAACAGCUGGCAGUCCCCAGAUAGGCCUAGCUCUGCCUUUCCUGUGGACGGGGCUGAGGGGCACAUGCCCACAGCUCUAGAAGCAUUGUAUCUGAUAAGGAAGACACACUAUAACCUCUUUGUAAAGUCCCUUGAAACACAGGGAGUCAUGACCAUGAAUAAGAGCAGCCCAGGGCCCAGCUGUUUCCAAACCACAAGAAGGAAAGCCCUAAUAUACUGGGUUCUUCAGGAACUUCCCCUCUGAUCUCCUUCAGGGAUCGUUGUCUUGUCUCAUGUUUCACAGAUUUACUGAGGUGUUGUUGACAUUUAAUAAACACUGUGUAAGCAUGAUGAGU